AUUGAAUUUGAAAGGUUUAUAAAUGAACCAAAGUUUUCGUCUUCCCCAAGAAACAACUUUUGGAAAACCUACAAAGGAAAGUUCACAAGACAACACUACGAGUUCAUUAGUUCAAUCGGAAACAUCUUUACCGGAUAAGCUUAAACCGAUACCAGUCCAAAGUGUCAUUUUAUUUCAAAAACAACAGAAGAAAAAGAAUUUUGUUCAAAAAAUAUUCAGUUGCUUCUAUACCGAGAAAGAACCGGAACAAGUCAAAAAACCCAUCAAACGAGAAACUCCUAAACCUAUUCAAAAAGUUAUUUUACCAGAGACUGGACAACCACCAAAAGGUAUUGCUCCUUGGGAACGAUCAGGAAAGAAAAUAAGAACAAGCUCAAAUACUUCCGACAACAAUCCUGAGUCUUCCAAACGCCCUGUAACCACAGAAAAUGAGUCAACUAGAAGUGGAAAUUCAAGUAAAAGUGGCGGUUCUUCAGCUCCGUGGCAAAGUGGACUUCGGAAGAAGACUAAAGGGAUUGAAGCGGAUGAGUCUUAUAGUUCUUUUUCUAUUCCUGACGAACUUUUGAAACGUACAAAAGUUCCCGUCAACUACGAGGUACCAGUGCUACCGAAAAAGACGAGCGAGCAACUGGGAGGAGUAACGAACUCUAAACCGAACCUUGAAGGUACUGACAAAAGUAUGUCUACCGCAGAUAAGCCACUGGCAGACAUAAACAACAAAGCAAACACAAACAACAACGGCGUGGUCACCUCGUCUUCUCUUUCCACAGCACUACCAGCACCACCAACUCUUCCUGGCGCUGUUCCUGCUGCUGCUGCUGCUGCUGGUCAAUCAGUUGAUCAUUCUAAAGCACCCAAGGCUCCUCCACCUCCUCCUGUUCCAACAGGAAAGACGAAAGCAACGACACUUCCUCCUCCUCCUCCUCCUCCUCCUAACUCUCUUCUAAGCCUGUGAAGCAAGCAGGUGAGAGUAAGAUAUCAAAUAUACAAAUCAACGGUAUGGUGCUAUCUGAAGAUGUUGCUACAAAUAGUUCAACAAUACUCCCUCCUCCACCACCUCC